AUGAGUAUUCAGUAUGAAAAGCAGCUUUGCCAACUGAAAUCAAAUAGUCCUGGUUCACCUUUACGAGGAAGUGUAAGUUCAACGAAUAGUUCGAUCAUGAAGUGUGAGACCUUCUGCUUAUUGGCUUUUUGGGCCUUUGAAGCAGUUUUUGCACGUGACGCAUUCAAGGAGCCAGAAUAUACACAUGAAGGAACAGCAAAUAAAUUCAAUGAUGCUAUAUUCAAAUUAGACUCACCUGUUUUGGCUGCAUCUUUCGCUGUUAAGGGGCUUCUAGGAACUACAGAUUUAAUGAACAUUUGCAUCAGUGAAGCUGAAAAUCAUAACGCAUUCCAUCAGAAGUAUACGGCCUCAGUAGCCAAAUGCGAAAAAUGUUAUCAGGAAGCCGAAAAAACCAAGGAUUUUAAGGUUGCGGACACGUGCUGUGAUAAAGCUGUUGCUGCUUUCGUGGUAGUGAACAAACUAAAGAAUGAUAGAGCUAUGGCUUGCAUUAAAAAAUGCGAAGAACUUGGAAAAGACUGCCAGGAGAUGCUAAGAAAACUAUCGCCAAAAGAUGCGAAACAAAUUUCUGGUCUAGAGUAG